CUCGCCCCAUCAGACGACGGUCCAGUGCAGCAGCAAACACACUGUGCGUGCAAACCAUUUCAAAUCCAGACGGGAGAAAUUCACGGCAGGCGAGAAAAAGAGGACAACACAAGCCAAAAGAAGGGGACUGGGACACAGUGAAGUGAAGCAAAGGAUUUUGAAAAGUGCUUGUUCGAAACAAAGUUAGUAGCAGCAGCGGCUACUUCAGUCUGGAUAUAUAAAAGAGACAAGAAAGGAGAGGACAAAAAGGACACACCGCAAAGGAUACUGCCCUUUUCUUGGAUUUGUGAAUUUCUCACGGAUUUCUCACUUCCCUCCUCCUGGGCUGAAAGCAGAGGGGGAGGCAGAGCCGCAACCACCGCAGUGAUGAAGUUCAACUACCAUGUACCAGUGUCAACAUACACACGCACUUCACAGUACACACCAACGUACCACACACCCACAUAUUACAGCCCCUCACAGUACACGCCGACGCAACACAAAUCCACAUAUGCCUCCACAACAAAGUACACCCCGACACAGUACAGCACAACACAGUACACGCCAUCGCACUACACGUCCACGUACAAAUCAGCACCAACGUACAUCCCUUCGUAUGGCAAAGAGUCGCGGUACAGUUCAACACGUCGCACAAAAGCACAGGAGAGUCCUGCACCUGUAAUACCAGUCACACCGCCAAAGAGAACAGUGCACUUCCCCAAUGACAUCGUCUUCCAGGAUAUUGUUAGACGAGGGGAUAUGGAGCAAAUCGGUCGGUUCAUGCGAGCGAGGAAGGUUCGUGUGGAUACAGUCUUCCACUCAGGUAUGGCAGCACUACAUGAGGCUGUGCUGACAGGAAACCUGGAGGUGGUAAAGCUGCUGGUGAAAUAUGGUGCCGAUGUUCAUCAGAGAGACGAGGAUGGCUGGACGCCACUUCACAUGGCCUGCAGUGAUGGCUACCCAGAAAUUGCCAGCUAUCUGCUGUCGAUUGGAGCCAGCACAGAGGCGGAGAACGAGAGCGGCGAGAAGCCAGCAGACCUCAUCGACCCAGAAUGCAAAGAGCUGGCCAAACUGUUUGAGGCUGGCUGCGUGUGAUUGGCCACCAUAUGGACAAAAGAGAGAACAGCAGCAGAGAGGACAGAACCUUGAGCUCAGGCCCACAGAUGACUAUACUCGGACAUGUCACUGAUCCUGUAAACCAAGGUGGUGGGUCCGUUUGUUGGUUUCAGUGUAGCACAAUUUUCUGUGAGAUUUUUUUUUCUUCUUCUAAUUUUAGCCAUGAAGUAAAACUCAAUUAGGCUGUAUCUCCCUUUCAGGUCUUGUCUGGUAUUAUCUAAUUUGACUUUAUUUUGUGAAUACAACACAAAUUUAAUUCAAUUUGUGUUGUCCUCAUACGGUUAAUGUCUAUGAGUGUCUAAGAUACCACAAUGUCAAACAUGUGUCACUGAAAUGCCAUCUUGACUUGUGAUGUAUAGUCCAUUCUGAAGAAAAUGUAAUUAGUUUUCUAUCCUCACAAACAUGUCCGUUUCAGCAUUAUAUCAACUGUGUUAGUGUUAAGCAUCUAAGUAGCUGGUUGCACUGAGCUUCCAGUCUGCGGUCUUAGUGUAUAUUCAAUUUACAACAUAGAAUUUGAGCCUCGAUGUUUGUGUCUUAUACAAAGAGCUAUGUAUCUUCACUGCUGGGCAGAAAGAGGAUCAUCCCAAUUAAUAAUUGAUACUUUAUAGAUAGGCCGGGAAUGAAAAAAAAAAAAAGAAACGUCAAUGUUUUGCUGUACAAGCACUUCUACUGUUGCAGUAUUUCCUCCCUGAUGCAUUGCUGUUGGUUUCUGUAGUGGAAAGUAGGAAUCUCAGCAAUGAAAGUCUUAUAAUUUUCUCUUCAAUAAUUAUUUUUGUACAUUUUCAUAAAUAAAGAAACCUUUUGUAAAUAUGA